AUGUCGUUGCGUCGUCGUCUGACCAAGCCCGGUCGUGAAAGCCUGAAGGGGUGGGAAGGUUGGGGUUCCGCUCCGCACAGCGACCUCCUCGAUACAGCACGAGAGCCUCUUUCCCAAAAAGGGCCUGUUUACUAUCGUACCUCGCUACCGUGUCGACUAGUCGCUCUACUUGGCGCUGGUGGGUCUCCCUUCUUACGUUUACACGUCCCGGCACGCUUGGUGUCCCUUUUGAGGACUCAAAAGACCGUUCAGGAACCUGCCUACCAAUCCCCAUUCGCGUCACUCUGUAGUCCACCGACGAAGACAGGGACACACACGUUGGUUGUUAGAGACUGGACGUCCGACAAUACUCGUAUGCCUGUUCGACCCAAACGCUCGUUGGCCAAGUACUUUCACGGUGGGGAUCCUUCGGAUGUCGUCGAAUGCCCAGGCUACCGUGCCGCCAACAACGGCAAUCAACACCGUAGCGUACACAACGCAACCAUGGAGGCACUCGUACGUGGUUCCCCCGUCGCCGACACUGCCAAUGGCGGGGGCGUGCUCGUACCGUCGGUGCAACCGCAGCUCUCGGCUGUACGGCAUAGCAACGGUUGUUUGCACUGCCACACGGAAGACACCUCCGAAAACAACGUGCAAGUCCGCUGCGACGAAUGCGGCGCCUAUAUUUGCGACGAAUGUCACUGGUGUCACGAAUAUCAGGCCAAUCACGAGAUUCGAGUUUGCGAUCGAUGUGACGGCUUUUACUGCAAGGGCUGCGACGAAAUGGAUCAGUGCGAAGAUUGCGGCGAAGUUGUAUGUGCAAGCUGUAGUACUCUCCUCAGUUGCAAAUUUUGUGGUGGAGGGCUUUGUGAAGAAUGCGCGACGGCCUGUGGACGCCGGGACGCCAAGUUUGCGGUAGAGUGCGAUACUUGUCGACUGAGUUACUGCCUGGUAUGCUUGGCUAGUGGGGUCAAGGAUCCUUGCGUCCGUUGUGGACAUCGCCCUUCGAAACGCAUGGAGCAACUCGUACACCUGCGACUGAAAUCCAUUUACAAAGCAUUCAAACAAAACAGCGGUUCCAACGGUCUGGAAGUCCGUGCUCCGCACACGGCUACCAAAACGUAUGCGCGUUUACGCGAAAACGACGAACCUUGCGACAAUCCGGAUUCACUAUUACAGGCUGCCGCGUCAGUGGUAGCGGCCAAACAUCCGGAACUAUUGACUGCACCGGAAGAUGUCGAAUCCCAGCUAGUCCGACUCGACUUGGAACAAGAAAAAGCCGAUGCAGCCGCGGCGGCGUUAUUGGCGGAACUUGAAGAGGAAGAGCACGCCGAACAAGUCAAGAAAAAUAAGAAAAAGAAACGCAAAGGUCGCAACGGCAAUAAGAAAAGCGAGGAAGAGGUUGACAAAAAGCUUCCAGCAAAAGAAGAUCUACUUCCGCAGCCGUCCAGCCCGGAACCAGUAUCAGUAGCUACGGAUUUGCAUGUAGUAGCUACCUCACCGUCAAUACCAAACUCGCCUGAUCCUCCCAAAGCUUCGGCCGUCGAUUCGAUGCAACAAAAGCUUUGCGACCUUGUGAUGAAUGAGGAUAUGAAAGGGUUAGAAGAUUUGAUGGCCUCUUUAAAGGGUGUUCCGGGACAAGCAGCCUUACGCAAAAAUGCAAAAAAAGCGCUGAAACGACUACAAACACCAGAGGUAGACGCCCAUAUUAUUGAAGCCAGAGAAAUUACCACUGCUACUCUGACGACACCUUUAGACGAAGCAACCGUCCCUGAUGGCGCUGCCACGCCUCCGCCUCCCACCAGCGACUUGCUUCACGUUAUUUCUUAUACACACAACAAAUUGCCGACUCAACCUUCCAACGUCUCACAUCGUGCACGCAAUGCCUCCGCUACACCCAAGACGGAAUGUGUCCUUCACAUGGCAUCCUCGAUUGUCGGUUGGGUAAUUGGGAAAGGCGGUCAACGUAUUCGCGAUCUUAUGGAGGAAUCCGGAGCCCGAGUUUGGAUCGACCAAGAGAAUCUAGGCAAAAUGGAUCCCCGUAUUGUUUACGUUAGCGGUCAUCGGAAAAACGUGGACUCGGCGGUAUAUUUGCUGCAAAAACUCGUUGCGCAAACACCUACCGAUCCUUCAGCGUCGAAUCAAAACACACUCUUGGGGCUUAAAAGCGACAGCUCGUUAGAUCCUGGGAUUGUGCCAUCGCGGCCGUCGGAUUCGCACGAAGGCACGACUAGUGUGCGUGUGCAAACUUACGGUGUGCAUGCUGAUCGAGCCAGCGAUACUACGGGCAAAGGCAAUCAUAUUCUCACCUGCGAUAAACGUUUCGUUCCUCUUUUGAUUGGGAGGCGAGGAUGGACAAUUAAAAACAUCCAGGAUUCAUCCGGGGCGCGUGUUGAUAUAGAUCAGAACGUAGCACCUCCCCGUAUUACAAUCUCAGGUGCGGAAGAACAGGUUUCGAUCGCGGUAGAAAUGGUGCGGGAUGUGUUGAGCUAUCCACAUUCGCAACUUCAAGGACGCGCUGGCAGGGAUGAAUGCGAUCACGCGGCAGAUCAUGAAAGGAACACUCCCGGCGUUGAAUUGCAGAUGAGACUCUACUUCCACCGAAUGAACAGGAAUUCUCCGCCGUCUUCGUUGAUUAUGCCAGACGAUGUUCAGAGCACGAUUUCGGCUUCUUCUUCUUUGUCUUUGACUCCAGAGCCAUCGACAGCGUCUUCGAACAGAACCAAUUUGCACGUUCCUUCUGGACCUAUGUUACCGCCCGCGUACAACGCCGGACUCUAUACUUCCGGUGUCAAUGCUAGAUCUACUUCGUUUCAGCCAGGUUUUAAUGCGUCAAACGGGCCACUUUUCACUGGCCACAGUCCGAGUAUGAUUCUACCGGCGGAGCAAUUGUUUCGUGUGCAAUCGGGUCAGUACGCAGAAUUUCAGCAAUCGACAAGGGAUAUAGGUGGCGCAUCUUUAUUUCCAGAUCAGAAUAUAGGCUUUGCUGCUCCUGCUAACGUUCAGCCUCCCAACUACCUUCAGAGUCAAUCUUCCUCUCCCUUUGAGUCAAAUCCACUGGGAUCGUACGGAAACAUUCCCUCCAAUCAGCAGCAAGCAGGGCUGUUUCCUCUUUCACAACCCGUAUUUUCUUCCCGGAAUGAACGAAUUAUAGGCCAGUCAACAGCUGUCGAUGCGCUAAGGUCGAACUCAUUGGAUCCGAAAGAAAGCGCGAGUAUGUGGGAACAACUGGGGGGCGCAGCGGUUUCUCAACCGGCUGUUGCUAGCGGAGGCAGUGCCGGGUUCCACUUGGAUGCCGCCGUCGAAUUUCUGCAGAACAGCAAUUUGGGGCCACACUAUUCGCCAAUUUCCAGUGAUGCCGAUCAAAACAUUGGGCAGUCGACUGGUGGAUCUGUGAACCCUCAAAGAUUUGGACCGUCGGCUAGGGGAAAGCGUACCCCAGCACACGGGAAGGCUGAGUCUCAGAUGGUCGACAGCUUUUUCGGACCGAACAAGCAAGACAUCAGGGACAACAGGGUUUUGAAUGGCUUGUCAGGUCUCUCCGUUGCAGACAAAGAUGUAUCUACUGGUCUUUGGGGUGUCCCUAUACAAGCACUGCCAUCACUUGGCGAGGUGGAAGGAGCGACUAUAAACAAAUCCUCUGCUUUGUAUGCAGCAAUUCAACCGAAUCUUGCGAAUAAAAAAGAACAACGCCCCGAGCAUUCACGCUUUAAUUGGGGGCCAUGAAGAAUUGCAAAAUGUUUUGCUUGAUUUUACUUUCUUGCUGUUUCUCUACCCUUUAGACGUACUGCCAUUGUUUUGGUGCGGGUUGGAUUGCAAGUGGAAUAUUAUAGACUUCUGGAUUGGCAAGUAAGCGAGGCAAAAAUACACACGAAUAGCAUGGAGAAAGCUGGCUAAAACAGGGAGAGAUGCGGGUCGACAUACUGCUUCCGUGUCGAUCUAGACUUGGUUUCUACAUACUGCUUCUUUGUACAAACCUUGAUCAUCUCUCACCAAUAAUUAGCUCCUGCUUACUAGCUCAAAGUUUGUCUUUUACACCACAUCAGACACAUCUUGGGAGUAUUCCUGCACUGUCGUAGAUGGCUCGUCCGUGGCGACAUGAACUUCGGAGAGCAUCACUUCUUCCAAAAGUGGGAAGACUUGAAUUCCGUUCUUGUUCCAUUCUAAUGAUCCUGAUGUGAUAACAGAAACAACUACUUCCCACACGUACGGAACGAAAAAGAUUUCAGGAUCCGCUUCCUCUUCGUACGUAAAGGUGAAGUCUUCGUUUUCGCUUCUUUUUCGACGUUCGGUCACAACGGCUUUGAUGCGGUCGAUGUUCUCCCCUAGCACUUUCAAAGCCUUAGUUGCCGUCCGGGCGUCACCAUUUUCUUCAAUAAU